AUGUCUCAAAGUUCUCGAAACAAGAACUUGUUACUGUCAACUCCAUAUGUAUUUCAACGUCAGUUAUUCGAUUUCUUAUGUUUGGAAACCAGACUAAUGCUCCGUAAAUGCUCCAAACGAUGUGAAUUACUCGUCGAUUACAUGCCACUGACCUUAGAUUCACUCGAUAUUAAGGCAUCCACCUCAGUGACUAUCAAAUAUUGCGAAUCUAAAAAUCGAACAAAUGACAAACUUGUAAACCUAUACAUUGCUGACUUUUUCUGUUGUGGUGAGAAAAAAGAAGAUGUGACAGAUUGUGUUGCGACCAAAGCAGCCAAUGAAAUUGGAAUUAUUUUAUCGAAUCCGAAUUUGAAAAUAGGGUUACUAGGCCUAACAGUUGGUCAUGAAGUUCGUAAUAUUCAAUAUAAAGAAAAAGUCGAAUCGUUUCUAUCCAUUUUCUUGAAACACUUGAAAUUAAUGCUCUCCUCUCUUUCACACCAAAUCAACGUCCAGUGCCUUUUUCUCGAAGGGAACUCGACAACACCAGAGAAUUACUGUGUAUUGUUGUCAUGUUUAAAGCCCGAAAAGUUGAAAUCAAUCAUUUUCUUAGCGGAAACUCCCAGUGAUACAUUCCAUAAAAUUGCUCAUUUAGAGCAGAUCAAGCGUGUGUCAACUAUUGACAUUCUUUAUACGCUUGAUCGUGUUCCAUUCGAAAUUCUAUCAAACACUUCAAUGUUUCGUAUCUUUGUGGAGAACUUUUCGGAGCCCGAGUUCAAUCGAAUUGUAGAGCAUCACCUGCAACGUGACAACUUCAUGUUCUGCAGAAUUCACUUCAACAAAAGUGAUAUGGAACCUUGGAUAACCGACUUUCUCAUAAAGAACGCGGCUGUUAAAACCGACUGGGGAAGUAUGACUGUAACACUUGAUGGACCAAAGUUUAAGAAUACUAUUUCAACAAUGCCUCAAAAUUCUCGAAACAAGAACUUGCUACUGUCAACUCCGUAUCUAUUUCAACGUCAAUUAUACGAUUUUUUGUGUUUGGAAACCAGGCUAAAUCUCCGCAAAUGUUCCAAACGGUGUCAAUCACUCGUCGAUAACAUGCCUUUGACCUUAGACUUCCUCGCUAUUAAAGCAUCUAGCUAUGUGAAUAUCAAAUACUCUGAAUCUAAAAUACACACAGAGGACGAAUAUGUAUCCUCAUACAUUGCUAUCCUUAUCCUUUGUGUUGCUAAUGAAGUUCGUAAUAUUCAAUAUAAAGAAAAAGUCGGAUCGCUUCUAGCAAUUUUCUUGAAACACUUGAAAUCCAUAAUUUCCUCUCUUCCCCACCAAAUCAACGUCCAGCAUUUUUCUCUUGGAGGCAACUUGUUAACACCAGAGAAUUAUUGUGAACUGCUGUCAAGUUUGAAGUCCGAAAAGUUGGAAUCAAUCAGUCUGUUUGGAGAGCGUACUGGUGAUUCACUCGACAAAAUUGCUCAUUUAGAGCAAAUUAAACGUGUGCCAAGUAUUGAAAUUCGUCAUGUUGUUGAUCGUAUUCCAUUCGAUAUGUUAUCGAACACUCCCAAUUAUCUUAUCAAUGUACGCAACAUUUCGGAGCUCGAGUUCAUUCGAAUUGUAGAGCAUCACCUGCAACGGGACAACUUUGAGAUGGGCAGGUUUUGCGUUAUGAAAAGUGAUAUGGAACCUUGGAUAACCGAUUUUCUUGUAAAGAACGCUGCUGUAAAUAAAGACGAUGGAAGCAUGACUGUUACACUUGAAGGACCGAAAUUCAAGAAUACCGUAAACGUUGAUGACGAGUGGAUUGUAUUCAGAAGAAUGAUUUGA